UUAUGUUCGCUGAAAAUAGUUCCGCUUGUGUAUCCAUCCAUUCUCAUUCUCCACGUGAAAGUUGAAUCUAUGACAGUUAAAUUUUUAUACACACGGUGCUUUUAAUUAUUGAAGUUCCAUAAUUUAUUUCAACAAUAUUUAUCAUCAAAUAUAAGUAUUGAAAAAAUCUCCAUAAUGGCGUUGCGCGUGCAGUUUGAAAACAAUGAUGACAUAGGUGUUUUUAGUAAAUUGACAAACACUUAUUGCCUAGUAGCAAUUGGUGGGUCUGAAACAUUCUACAGUGUUUACGAGUCGGAGCUAGCCGAAACAAUUCCAGUGAUUCAUGCGAGUAUCGGUGGUUGCCGUAUAAUUGGACGUCUCACCGUUGGAAACCGAAAUGGACUCAUCGUACCAGGCUCCACGACUGAUGUAGAACUACAACAUAUCCGUAAUAGUUUACCAGAUAACGUAAAAAUUCAUCGGGUAGAAGAACGUUUAUCAGCUUUAGGUAAUGUUAUUGCUUGUAACGAUUAUGUUGCAUUAGUCCAUCCUGAUCUGGACAAAGAGACUGAAGAAAUUAUCGGAGAUGUACUUAACGUUGAGGUCUUUCGCCAAACAGUUGCUGAAAACACAUUGGUUGGCUCGUAUACAGUUUUAAGCAAUCAAGGUGGUAUGGUACAUCCAAAGACUUCCAUACAAGAUCAGGAUGAAUUGUCAUCGCUGUUGCAAGUUCAAUUAGUCGCAGGAACCGUAAAUAGAGGUAGUGAGGUUCUUGCUGCUGGUAUGGUUGUCAAUGAUUGGAUUUCAUUUUGUGGAAUGAACACAACAGCAACGGAGAUUUCUGUAAUAGAAAGUGUUUUCAAACUUAACCAAGCGCAUCCGUCUACAGUCACUACCAAAUUAAGAGCUGCGCUUAUUGAAGAUAUGUCAUAAAAUUACUCAAAGGUCUUAAAAAUAUAUGCAACAAUGAGUAUGAUUUAAAUUUUUCUUAAAUAUGUCUAUUCAGAAAAUAAAAUCAAAAAACAAUAUUACCAUACAUGAAAAAAUAAAUAAAAUUUCAAAAUUGUUGUUUUUCUCAUAGAAAUUUA